UAUUUAUAACGAUACCCUUUUCUACUCCCUGCUAAUUUAGUUCCUUCUGAUUUUAAGUUGUUCUGACAUCGAUCUAUGAAGGGAAUAGUUAUUGAAAAAGCGGGAGGGCCAGAUGUGUUGAAGCUGGUGGAAUUAGAUGACCCGCCACUUGGAGAUGACGACGUCUUAAUCAGGAUUGCAGCCACGGCGGUGAAUAGAAUUGAUUUGCAAUGUAGAUUAUUCGGCUCCAGAAAUUCGUUUAAUGGUGGUUUGUACAUCCCUGGGUUGGAGUGUUCUGGAAUUAUCAUAGCUGUUGGCCAAGGGGUUACUGAGUGGAAAGUUGGUGACAAAGUGUGUGCCCUUCUCAAUGGAGCGGGGUAUGCUGAGCAAGUAGCAGUAUCUGCUAAGAUGGUUCUUCCUGUUCCUUCAAAUGUUCCACUUACACAUGCUGCAAGCUUGCCGGAGGCUGCUCAUAAUGCUUGGAAAGUUGUAUCUGAAGCUCAACUAGUACGAGGAAGAAAGUUAUUGUUGCAUGAGUGCUGUGGUUAUGUUGGGUUAUUUGUCCUUCAGAUGGCAAAAUGCAAAGGCGCAGUGGUGUAUGUCACUGCAGAGACUGAUGAAAAGCUGGAUUUCUACAAGCGUCAUGGUGCUGAUAUUUGCAUUAACUGCAAGAAUGAAGAUCUUGUCACUCGAGUGAUGGAGGAAACCAGAAAGAAAGGUUUUGGAGUGAAAUUGUGCAAGAAUGGAGCAAGAAUGAUGAAGAGCUUUCUCUUCUUCUUCCUUGGCUGGUUUGGCCAGCACUAA